GUUCCAGGAGCUGGACCUCAGCACAGAGGCUUUUUUCUACCUCGAUUCUGCAAAGGAGCAAGAAUGGCUGGCUGCUGUGGAGAAGUCCCUGCACCCUCAGGCGAAGUAUAAGAAAGUGCAAAUGGUCCGUCUAGUUGGGAUGAUGUUGCUCAUAUUUGCUAGGAAGGAUCAGCUGAGCAAUAUCAGAGAGAUCAUGACAGAGUCUGUGGGCACGGGAAUCAUGGGAAAGAUGGGCAACAAGGGUGGUGUGGCGGUGAGGUUCGUGUUCCACAACACAACCUUCUGCAUUGUCAAUUCCCACCUCGCUGCUCACGUGGAGGACUUUGAGCGGCGAAAUCAGGAUUAUAAGGAUAUCUGUGCUCGGAUGAGUUUUGUAACCCCUGAUGAUAGUCUACCUCAGCUCAACAUCAUGAAACACGAUGUUGUCAUCUGGCUGGGAGACUUGAACUACAGGCUUUGUCUCCCUGAUGCCAGUGAGGUGAAAAGUCUUAUCAGUAAGAAUGAGCUUCAGAAAUUGCUGACAUACGACCAGCUGAAUAUUCAGCGCACUCAGAAGAAAGCAUUUGCAGAUUUUAUCGAGGGAGAGAUUAAAUUCAUCCCCACAUAUAAAUAUGACUCUAAAACAGAUCGCUGGGACUCCAGUGGAAAGUGUCGUGUGCCAGCGUGGUGUGAUCGAAUCCUCUGGAGAGGAGGGAACAUAAAUCAGCUCCGGUAUUGCAGUCAUAUGGACCUGAAGACUAGUGACCACAAGCCAGUCAGCGCACUUUUCCGCAUCGGGGUAAAGGUUGUGGAUGAGCAGAGGUAUCGGAAGUUGUUUGAAGACAUCGUUCGUAUAAUGGACAGAAUGGAGAAUGACUUUCUCCCUUCGCUGGAGCUAAGCAGGAGAGAUUUUGAGUUUAAGAACGUGAAGUUCCGUCAGCUGCAGAAGCAGAAGUUCCAGAUCACCAAUAACGGGCAGGUCACCUGUCACUUCUCCUUCAUCCCAAAGCUCAACGAUAGCCACUACUGUAAGCCAUGGCUUCGGGCUGAGCCUUGUGAAGGUUACUUGGAGCCAGAUGAGAGCACGGACAUCUCCCUGGACGUGUAUGUCAGUAAGGACUCAGUAACUCUUCUGAACUCCGGCGAGGAUAAAAUUGAGGAUAUUCUUGUCCUUCACUUGGACCGAGGGAAGGACUAUUUCCUUACCAUCAGUGGGACCUACCUGCCCAGCUGCUUUGGCACCUCCCUGGAGGCCUUAUGCCGAAUGAGGCGACCGAUCCGAGAAGUUCCAGUGACCAAACUCAUUGACCUGGGAGAAGACAGCUUCUUAGAAAAGGAGAAAUCUGUUCUGCCAUUGGGCUCCAUGGACAGUGAGGAGGGAAGUGGGAUGCCACUGCAGGUGCCGAAGGAGAUCUGGCUCUUGGUGGACCACUUGUUCAAGCAUGCCUGCCACCAGGAGGACCUGUUCCAGACUCCAGGCAUGCAAGAAGAGUUGGAGCAGAUCAUCGACUGCCUGGACACCAGUAUCCCGGAGACAAUCCCGGGCAGUAACCACUCUGUGGCUGAAGCACUCCUCAUCUUCCUGGAGGCUCUGCCAGAGCCAGUGAUCUGCUACGAGCUGUAUCAGCGGUGCCUCGACUGGUCACACAACAGCCGGCUGUGCCAACAGGCGAUUUUUCAGCUGCCUCGUUGCCAUCGCAGCGUGUUUCAGUACCUAAUGUUGUUCCUCCGAGAGCUGCUCAAAUACUCAGAAGACAACAACGUCAGUGUCGCCAUGAUCGCAGCCCUGUUCUCCAGCCUCCUCCUGCGCCCUCCACCCAAUCUGAUGGCAAAGCAGACUCAGCAGGACCGCCAGCGUGCCAUCAACUUCCUCUACAGCUUCCUGCUGGCCGGGGAUGAGGAGUGA